CGCCCCUUUGCCCCCCUUCUGAUGCUACACGAGCAACACAGCGCAAGAUCCCUUUUCCGCGUCCAUCUGGGUUCUCUAUCCAGCAGGCGGCCGCCACACAACUCUCCCCCGCUUCUCUUCCCCAUCUCAACAGCACCAGCUCUACAACGGUAGCCUUCGUCUUCCCGUCCAGGCCCAACUUCCUCCUCUCCUCCUGGUAAUUUGGAUCUAGUCCCGUCCGCGGCAGACCCACCCUUCUGAUGCUGAUAUCUACGAGUUUGUAAUGGCAGACAUGGUUACAGAAUUGGACAAGGCAGGGGCAGGGAAGGGAGAGAACUCCACAAAAUCGACAGAGACAUACAUUGUACCUGAAGAUGAUGGUUCUUCUCUACCAAAUUUUCCUAGUGAAAAGGAACCUGUUGGCCAACAAUCAAUGAUAGAAGGAAGACUAAAACCAGCUGGUAAUAAUUAUCAGGAACUAUCUUCUGAUAGAACUGAAAAGAGUACAGAAAAACUACUGGCAGAUGAAUGGGAUAAACAAAACAACUCAGUCGACCAUCCACUGGUAGUGCAGCAAGCUGAAGAACAAAACCAGUUGCAUGAUAAUGUGGAAAGCCAUGAAAUGGUAAGCAACAAUACCAGCAGUGGAACUGAUUCAGACAGCAGCUCAGGGAGUGACUCAGAUAGUGAAAACGGAAAAUACUUUUAUCCUAAAAUUGAGCUAUUGGAGACUGCAAAACAACCAGAGCCUGGAAUGAAAUUUCAAACCCUUGAAGAUGCGUACGGAUUCUAUAGUACAUAUGCUCUCCUAAAUGGGUUUGAGGCAAAGCGUGGUACAAAUUAUAUGAGAAAGAAGUUUAACCUCGUAUGCAACAGGAAUGGUAAACCGAGGGCAACUGAUGACCUGAUCAGAAAGCGGAAGAGAAAAUCUAUACAGAAGACAAAUUGCCAAGCAAAGGUGAUAGUGAAGCUCAUUAAGGGGGGCCAAUGGGAGUUCAUAACAGUUCGUAAUGAGCACAACCAUCCGCUAUGUCCAAGCGCUUCCCUGACAAAAUUCUUCUUGAGCCACAAACACAUAUCAGCUGAAGAAAAGUCAUUUCUAAAAAUUCUGCAACGAACUAGGAUACCUCCCACUAAAGUGAUGAAGAUUUUUAAGAGAAUGAGAGGCAGUUCUGGAAACAUACCAUUCAAGAAAACAGAUCCAGUCAAUUCACUUUGUGCGGAACAACAUAGAAAGGAAAUCUCAGAUGUUGAAAGAACGUUAAUGUACUUGAAGGAACUGGAGCUUCGGAAUCCGGGUUUUUGCUACACGAAGCAAACAGAUGGAGACAACAUAGUUCGGAGUAUUCUCUGGACUGAUGGAAGAUCGAGGAUGGAUUAUGAGAUUUUCGGAGAUUUCUUAUCGUUUGAUACUACCUAUACCACAGAAUGGCAUAAUAUGUCAUUUGCUCCAAUUAUUGGAAUAGAUAACCACGGGAGAACCCUCUUGUUUGGAUGCACCUUGUUACAUGACGAGAAUGCUGAAAGUUACAAAUGGAUGUUCCGAACACUGUUGCAUGUGAUGGGAGGAAAAAUGCCAGGAUCAAUUAUAACAAACCAGGAUGAAGCUUUGGCAAAAGCAAUUGCAGAAGUCAUGCCACAAGUAAGGCACAGGAUUUACAAAUGGGAUGUAAUAGGGAAAGCACAGGAAAGGAUAGCAGCCUUCAUAGCAGAAAGAGGCAACCUAAAAGCAGAGUUGGAUAGCUUGGUUGACAACUCACUGACAGAAACAGAAUUCGAAGAAGGGUGGGGUGCACUCAUCGAGAGAUACCAUGCAAGUGAAAACGAGUACCUACAACUCAUGUGGCAAACGAGGAAAAAAUGGGUGCCUGUUUAUUUCAGACAAGAUUUCUAUCCAUUCGUUGAAUCACAUGGACAUUGUGAAGGGAUGAACUUAUUAUUCAAAGACUACGUGCUUCCUAACGACAGAAUAGAGAAGUUCAUUGAAAGAUAUGAGGAGAUACAAAAGAAGAUACUAAGAACGGCUGACGAAGAUAGACUGCAAACGGGAACUGUACCUUCAUGCUUCUCAUUGCAGCCAAUCGAAAAGCAUGCGGCUAAUAUUUACACAAGGCCAAUAUUUCUGAAAGUGCAGAGAGAACUUCUUCAUUCUACUGCAUUUAACGUGCAAGAGGUACAAAGAGGGGCUGUUUACCGCCUGGACAAGGUUUUCAACUACGAGAAUCCAGAGUUUGAUAGAAAUAGCUUUGAAGUGAUGGUUGAAUCUGGCACCAAGGCAUUCAAAUGCCCGUGUGCAAAGUUUACCAGGGACGGGAUACUGUGCUGCCACAUAUUCCGACUUUUCACACAGUUUGGAAUCAAUGAAAUACCAGGGCAGUACAUAGUGCCCAGAUGGACCUACAAAUUCAAAGAAGAGAAGGAAAAGCAGUACAAGGAAAAAUGCUUAGUGAAGACGGACAAUACAGCGAGAUAUGCAACGUUUAUGAGUAAAAUGGCCGACCUUGGCAAAAAAGUAUGCAGCGAUGACACAAAAUACAAUGCAUUCGUGCUUGAAUUGGAUAGGAUUCAAGAGAACUUUGCAAUGGAAGAAGGUGAAAAUCCUGAAAAUAAUGUCAGCUAGACAUCAGGUGUCGUUGAGAAGAGCAGGCAAUAGAAGCAUCGGCAUCAACUACAGGGCAGUGUCCCCCAUGUAUAUUGCGGCGCAGCUGAAGCUGUGUCUGGCAUGCAUGAAUCAGGAUUUGCAGCAGCAAUGGUCCCUAGAGAACUAGGAGAAUACCCAUAUGCCCAGGAUGAAGUAGUAUUGAGAUGAUGUUUAUUUAGUUUAUCUAAUAAGAUAGAGAUAAGAGUCCAGAAGAACUAGAUAGCAUGCCUGUUGUCUGUUAGAUAGACGCUUGUGAGCUAUAUUUGGUGAAUCUGUUUGACCCUGCAGUUCAUGUGAUUUUUUGUGCAGUUUGUGCUAAAUGCACUGUGGCCUAAUUGCAACAAGUCUGAUAUAACUUCUGAUCCAGCA